AUGCCUCGCGUGAGGAAGAAAACUCGGGUCACAUUGACAGCCAGUGACAAGACUUAUGCGCCAACGGCUUCCGUUCGUCGCCCAUCAAUCAAGGUAAAAACACGGAAGCAACGCAAGCGACGGGCCCCUGCUGCAUUUUCACCAACUGCGGACACCCCACCACGGAAAAGCCAAAAGUUAAAGGACCCGAGACGAGAUAUUGACGCUAUUCGUCUCUCCAUUGCUACUCCUUCUCGUCCAGAACACAAGCGGUUGGAAAACAAGGUUAAGUCACAGGCACAUCGAUUAGGGUACUCGUUAGCCUUUGUCGAGGCUUACGAAGCGGAAGGAUGGCGCAAAUCGAGCCAAAACAAACUGAAACCCAACAAGGAACUUGAGGCAGAACAUCGUAAGAUUGCGAAAGGGAAGCGUGCACUUAUUGACGGUCUACGCGAACUAAAGGCACUCAAUGCAAAGGACCCGCAAGUGCCACCGCAGACUGUGUUUGAAGAUGUGCAUUGCUCUCGGUGUGGAAGCACUGAUAUCGAGCAAGACAACGAUAUUCUGCUUUGCGACAGUCCUAAUUGUCAUCGUGCUUACCACCAAUGGUGUCAGACACCACUUCUUCUGACUGCCAAUAUCCCAUUAGGUGUCGAGCCUUGGUUUUGUGAGGUGUGUCUAUCCGCCUUUGAGUGCCUCAAGUCGAUUAAUUCGGUGUUUGGGACGACGUACGAAACCGUUGAUGAACUCUUCCCUGAGCUUGCUCAGUCGGAACAACAAACAGCAACGGAUGCAAGCAGCACUGCUCAGUCAGGCGAGGAAAGUGGCACUGCUCCUGCUGAUACGGAUGACAAAGAAAAGGAGGAUGAGGACGAAGAGGAAGACGAGGACUUCAUUUGUGGUGAAGGAGAUGACGUAGAAGACGACAAAGAAGGUGACGAAAAAACGUCGGAAGAUGUAGCUGACGGUGAAGAAGAAAUGGCUGAGGAGGUGCCCGAGAGUGCUCAAGACUUGCUUUUUCUCAGCAAAGACGACAUCAUUGACAUGAACCAUAGGUCAAUCCGGUCGAAAAGUGCGAGUCGACCACCGGAGCUCAUUUGUAAUAAAACAAGUUUUGUGGGUGAACAAGCAGCGAAGAUUGACCGUAGGACCGGCAAUGUAGUUUUUGGCGUCGUAGCAGAGCUUGAUCCACCGGUCAAUGGGCGAUAUUCGCGCUGGCGCAUUGACUAUCGUGAUGGAAGCUUAGAACUACUGACGCAUAGCAAGACUCAGGCUGCAAUUAAUCGUGCUGCGGUAGAGGAUAGUGACGAUGACCGAGAUGGCGAUGGACUCGAGGAUGAUUUAACGCUGAUUGUCCGUGGCAAACGCAAACGCAAUGACGUGGACUAUCGUCAGCUUAACCAGCUCAUGUUUGCCGGUAAGGACGACGAUAGCGAAGACGACGAGACCUUCGAGAUUAAAAAAGGGAGCGAGGAGGAGAAUAAGGAUGAAGAAGAGGAAGACCAAGAGGAACAAGAGUCUGCUGGAAGCGUAUCGGAUCAAUCAUCGCCAAGUGCCAUGACUGUAUCUCAUGGCGAAGCAUCAAAACCAUCGGACAUUAAGCCCAAUUAUCGCCAGCUUGCUUCUAUCAACUAG